GCCCCUAAGGUCCCCGUUCAUAUCUCAGCAGCAGAGCAGCGAAAGGCAACAAUACUGCCGCCGGCAGAGAAAGGGUUAAGAGAGUCCCAGCGCUAGGCGCGUGUCCGUCACUCCCAGGCGCGCUCCCGCGGCCCCAGACCGGCUAAAGCCGGUAUAUAUAGAAACGGAGGAGAGCUGAGAACCCAGCCCGGCAUGGACAGAACGCGAGCGACUGUUUAAGUGGCAUUUAAAGGGCCGCCCGGGGCAGCACGUGGACUGGAGGCAAAUGUUACCUGACACCGCGUAAACCGAGCCCGACCUGCCACUCACAAGAGCCAUGGAGGGAUGCAAUAGAGCCAACGUCUAUACCAAAGUGCCUGAUGGGGGCUGGGGUUGGGUCGUGGCUGGUGCCUUCUUCUUUGUGGAAGUAUUUACUUACGGAGUCAUCAAGUCCUUUGGGGUCUUCUUCAAUGAGCUGAUGGGCUACUUUAAUGAGAGCAACAGCCGAAUAUCUUGGAUUAUCUCGAUAUGUGUCUUUGUAAUGACCUUUACUGCUCCCUUGUCCACCGUACUGAGCAACCGAUUCGGGCACCGGCCAGUGGUUAUGGUCGGAGGGAUCCUCAUCAGCACAGGCAUGAUUGUGGCUUCAUUCGCACGCAGUGUUGUGGAGAUGUACGUCACCAUUGGAGUAAUAUCAGGUCUGGGCUACUGUCUUACUUUCCUUCCUACUGUCACCAUCCUGUCUCAAUAUUUUGAGAAACGCCGCUCAUUGGUUACAGCAGUUGCAUCCACUGGAGAAUGUUUUGCUGUGUUUGUCUUUGCCCCAGCCAUCACCACAUUGAACAACCUUAUUGGCUGGAGGUACUGUUUACUGAUGGUGGGUGCCCUACAGUUAAACAUAGUUGUGUGUGGUUCCCUCCUUCGACCCAUCGUCAUCAAACCCCCAGAUGUAGCCAAAUCACCUGCGAAACCUGAGAACCUAGAGAACACCUAUAUGCUUGAAAAUGAGCAAACGCUCACCUCUAUAGACUCCAUUGAUUCUGGAGUUGAAUUAUCUACCUCACCUAAGAACGUGCCAGCAAACCCAAAGCCAGAGAGGAGCCCAGAAACGCAGAGUGAGAGGAAAGAGAUUGUGGAACAACCAGAACCAGAGUUGAAGGCACAGCCCCUUCUGGACUUCUCGGUAUUAAAGAAUCCCAGUUUCAUAAGUUAUGCAUUUUUUGGGCUCUUUGCCACCCUUGGGUUUUUUGCACCUUCUCUCUAUAUCAUUCCCCUGAGCUUGAGUCUGGGCAUUGACAAGGACCUCUCGGCCUACAUGCUGUCAGCUAUGGCCAUCUCUGAGGUAUUUGGGCGGAUCAGCGCAGGUUGGAUACUUAACAAGAAACCCAUGAGGAAAAUUUAUAUUGAGCUGGUGUUUGUGGUGCUGCUGUGCGUGGCUCUCAUCGCCUUCCCCUUCGCCUAUAACUUCAGUGGCCUCAUGGCUUGCAGCGUCUUCUUUGGAUGUAUGUUGGGGACAGUGACUGGAACACACAUUCCAUUGAUUGCCGAAGAUGAUAUUGUUGGCAUUGAGAAGAUGUCGUCUGGAGUGGGAGUGUAUGUUUUUAUCCAGAGCAUCGCCGGGCUGGCCGGACCCCCGCUAGGAGGGGUGCUGGUUGACUGGACACAAAACUACGGGUCAGCAUUUUACUCCUGUGCAGCCGGAAUGGCACUGGGCGCCCUGUUCUUAGCAUUGGUGAGACCGUGCAAGAGAGGACUGUGCAAAAAGAAGCUGGCAGCUGGGCAGCACCACAUUUGCCAGGAUGGGAAGGAGCUGCCAGUAGAUUUUCUUGAAAUGGACUUGGGCAGAGUUGAGGGUCUCAGCAAAAGCUGUCAGAGCCUAAACCAAUCUCCCUCAAAUGCAAUACUAUGAGCGAUGAAUCAUCUCCAUUAGCGAUGGGCGAAUCUGCGGCGUUUCGCUUCGCUGAAUAAUUUGCCAUGAAAUUCGCAAAACGGUGAAAAAUUCGCAAAACGGCGCCGGUGUCUCGUUUUUGACGGCGGCAUCUGUUUUUCGCAGCGGAAAUGCGUCCAUUUGGAUGAAUUUUCGCAGCGGUUUCGCAAAUCGCGGGAAUUCGCAGCGAAUUCGCGUCUGCGAAUAAAUUCGCCCAUCACUAAUCUCCAUGGUUCUCACUUCUACAUGGACUGGUCCUAGGGCUGUCUGACACUUUAAAAAGUAAGGCUGCUUAAGGUGAUACUUGAAUCCAAAUCUAAUUCCUGCUCUUGAAGCUCACCUUAUCAUAGUUGUGUAGUGGGUAAUUUAGAACAUAAUCGACCAGUUCCCCAAUGCCGUGUUCUCUGCCCCCCUCUGACUGACCAUGGGAAAAUAAGGAGCCCAGGAGCAGUAAAUACAGAGAAUUAGAACUGUGAUGCUAAAUAAGUACUGAGGUGGAAUAUUGCAUUGAUUUAACCAGGGGGUUAGUUAGCUAUUACUGGGCCCCAUAGCAAAAUUAUUUUUCAGGUCCUAAAAAUGUCUAGAUGUUGAUCUGUUUUACCAGUAUUUAUUGAAAUUGUAUAUGAAUUAGGGUCUCAGGGCCCCUAUAUCUCCUGGGCCCCCUUGUAGCCGCAGGGUCUGCUUCCUCUGUAGUUACACCCCUGCAUGGGGUUCUGGUUUGACCAUGGGAAAGAGAGCAACACAACAUCAGGAACCACAGAGAAUUGUUCUAUGUAUCUGAGUAAGUACUAGGGUUAUGGGAUUCACAUAUACAUCGGAAGGUUCCUAGUGCUAAUGAGCCCAAGUUUCCUUGGAUAGAUUAAACCGAACAUAAAAAGGGAAAGGCAAUGAAGAAAUGUGAAAGAAUAUCAGAGUUUAGAGGGCAACAUUUUUUUUUCUUUUAAAAGGGCAGGAACUGAUGCGGUGAAGUUAGGGUGUUUGUACCAAAAGAAAUACUUUGAAAAUAAUUAUGCAGGGUAUUUAUUUAUCUACCAAGUUCAUCUUGACAUUACAUGCAGUGUUGAAUGAGCUUGAAAACACAUAUAACCGGUAAUACAACUGCCACUCUUACCAAAUGGCUGGAUCUUCGUUCUGCAGCCGGGAAUGCUGAGCAAGCAAGUUGCACGUAAUUGCACUGCUGGUCUCCCUCCCAUUACUCCAAAACCCUACACUAAAUAGUUACGGCUGCAUCACAAAAGCUCCAGCGCUUCUCUGUGCCACUGCGCACGUCUUUAAAUAAGAUACACUGACAAUAUUUUUUUUUGAGAAAAAAGAAAACAUUUUUUUGUUAAUGCAAAUACCAAAUAUUUAUUAAAUGAUUUUAGUGUAAAGCUGCUGCUGGCAGAUUAGGUUUCUAAUAAAAUAAUAAUUUAAACAGGUUUUACAUUUCUGUAGGAAUGUUGCAAAUUUCCUAUAGUGCCUCAGGACUUUCUAUAUUUUGUUUUGUAUUUCAAUCCAAAAAACAUUUGUAUUGACAGAUGUAAAUGUAAAUCAACAUAAUUUGCCUUGGAAUAAAACAUAUGAAUCUGAAUGAUA